UGCCAAGCGAGCGCUCAGUGAUCGUAAAAGAAAUAAAGAACCAGAAAGAAAAGUAGCCGUUGUUGAACAAUUUUCAAUCCAUUCCCCAUAAAUGGCAAAAGCAGCGCUCCUCCCAGGUCUCACACAUUUCCACUCUCACUGAUAGAUCUGCUCGUAAUCUUACUCCAAAUAUCCAUUUUUGAUCCAUCUUUCCCCCCCCCCCCCCCCACCUUUUGUCUUUACACUGAUUCGCCCUCUGUUUCUCCACCGCCGGUUGGCAUUUCUUGUUUUUCCGGCGAUUUCCGUGAACCCCUCCCCUCCUCUUCUUCUAUGAGUUUUCCUUAUUUCGAGUUGAAUUUCUGAGAAUAAAGAAAAAAGAUGGUAGCUGAGAUGUUGGCCACUCCAUCAUCAAAGGUACAGAGGACACCUUCUUCUACUCCAGGUGGUCCAAAAGUUUGUGAGGAGAAGAUACUUGUUACGGUUCGUGUAAGACCACUGAACCGAAGAGAACAAGCAUUGUAUGAUCUUAUUGCUUGGGAUUUCCCAGACGAGCACACCAUUGUUUUGAAGAACCCAAAUCAUGAACGACAUAUAGUCCCAUACACAUUUGAUAAAGUGUUUGGUCCUGCUUGUUCAUCUCAGAAGGUUUAUGAAGACGGAGCUAAGGAUGUUGCUCUAUCAGCUCUCGCUGGAAUUAAUGCAACGAUUUUUGCUUAUGGGCAGACCAGCAGUGGUAAGACAUUUACCAUGAGAGGAAUAACUGAAAAUGCUGUUAAGGACAUCUAUGAACACAUCAAGAAUGCAACGGAGAGGGAUUUUGGUGUGAAAUUUUCAGCAUUGGAGAUUUACAAUGAGACUGUUGUAGAUCUCUUAAAUCGUGAAUCUGGCUCCCUUCGUCUAUUGGAUGAUCCUGAGAAAGGGACCAUUGUGGAAAAACAAGUUGAAGAAGUUGUUAGGGACAGUCAACACUUGAAACAUUUAAUUGGUAUCUGUGAAGCUCAGAGGCAAGUGGGAGAAACUGCUUUAAAUGAUAAAAGCUCAAGAUCACACCAGAUAAUCAGGCUGACCAUUGAGAGUAGUCUUCGGGAAAAUUCGGGCCGUGUAAAAUCUUUCAUGGCAAGUCUGAAUCUAGUAGACCUUGCAGGAAGUGAACGUGCCUCUCAAACAAAAACUGAUGGUACAAGAUUGAAGGAAGGCAGUCAUAUCAACCGCAGCUUGCUGACACUCACGACAGUGAUUAGAAAACUAAGUGGUGAAAGAAGGAAUGCUCACAUACCAUAUAGAGAUUCAAAACUUACGCGAAUAUUACAGUCUUCACUGGGUGGAAAUGCUCGAACAGCAAUAAUAUGUACCAUGAGUCCAGCUCUAAGCCAUGUGGAACAAUCUCGAAACACACUUUCAUUCGCGACCAGCGCAAAGGAAGUUACAAACACUGCCCGAGUAAACAUGGUUGUUUCAGACAAGCGGUUAGUGAAGCAUUUACAGAAGGAAGUUGCAAGACUUGAAGCAGAAUUGCGUAGUCCGGGGCUUUAUUCCUCUUCAUGUUUGAAGUCUUUAUUAGUGGAAAAGGACUUGAAGAUUCAGCAGAUGGAGGGCGAAAUGAAAGAGCUGAAGCGCCAAAGAGACCUUGCACAAUCCCAACUUGAACAAGAAAGAAGAGCUAAAAAGGAGGCUAAGGGGCUAAAUGAAUUUGAGUCUUCUCAUCAAACAGCCAGGUGUCUUUCUUUUCCUGAGGAUGAGCUGAUUUCAAGUAGACCAUCUUCUCGAACCAGGGCAAAUGGCAAGGUUCAAAGGCAGGCAGCUGUGAGGCAGUCAGCUACUUCUACGGAUCCAUCAAUGCUUUUGCAGGAAAUCCGAAAGCUUGAGUUGCGGCAGCAGCAGCUUGGUGAGGAAGCAAAUCGGGCACUUGAAGUACUUCACAAGGAGGUUGUUUCCCACAAAAUGGGGAAUCAAGAUGCUGUUGAAAACAUAGCAAAGCUGUUGUCUGAAAUAAAAAACAUGCAGGCAGCUAGUUUCAUUCCUGAGGAAUUUAUGACUGUAGAUAAAGCAAACUUGAAGGAAGAGAUAUCUCGGUUGGACUCCCGUGGAAACGCUAUUGCAUCUCUAGAAAAAAAACUUGAAAACGUUCAAAAAUCUAUAGAUAUGCUCGCUUUUUCCUUUCCAAGCCGUGAGGAAACUCCAGAGUCCAAGACCCAAUUGAAGAAGAAGAAAGUUAUCCCUUUUACCUUGAGUAACAGUGCCAACAUGUCAAACUUAAUACGGUCCCCAUGCUCGCCGUUGUCUUCUUCUCAGAAUGUAAUGCAACAGGAGAUAGAGAACAAGGCCCCAGAAGAUAAUUAUCUUCUGUCAGGUGGGGAUAAAUUGCCUGUGUCACAUAGUGCCCCUCCUCUAAAGAGUGAUGAUGACAUUAGAAGAAUGUCGUCUAGAGAGGCUACUCCAGUCCAACAUCAAGCAAACUCAGUUAAUAUGAAGAAAAUGCAGAAAAUGUUCAAGAAUGCAGCUGAAGAUAACAUACGGAGCAUUAGAGCCUAUGUUACAGAAUUGAAGGAACGGGUGGCAAAGUUACAAUACCAAAAGAACCUUCUGGUUUGUCAGGUGUUGGAACUAGAGACAAAUGAGGCUGCAACUGAGGAGAAAGAUAUAAGCGAUAAUUCUCCUGUGUCUUGGCAUUUAAUGUUUGAGGAUCAGAGGAAGCAAAUUGUCAUGCUAUGGCAUUUGUGCCAUGUUUCACUUGUACACCGUACUCAAUUUUUUUUGUUAUUUAGAGGAGAUCCUGGUGAUCAGAUAUACAUGGAAGUUGAGCUGAGGAGGUUGACUUGGUUGGAGCAGCAAUUAGCAGAGCUAGGCAACGCAAGCCCAGCACUCUUGGGUGAUGAUCCUGCAGGCAGAGUCUCAUCAAGUAUCAAGGCUCUUAAGGAAGAAAGAGAAUACCUGGCAAAGAGGGUGAGCUCAAGACUAAUGGGAGAUGAAAGAGAAAUGCUUUAUCUGAAAUGGGAAAUUCCAGCAGUGGGGAAACAGCGAAGGUUGCAGCUAGUGAACAAGUUGUGGACGGACCCUCAUAACAUGCAGCAUGUGCAGGAAAGCGCUGAAAUUGUGGCGAAGCUUGUGGGUUUCUGUGAAUCUGGUGAGCACAUCUCCAAGGAGAUGUUUGAGCUCAACUUUGUUUCUCCUUGUGAUAAGAAGCCGUGGAUGGGUUGGAAUUUGAUAUCAAAUUUCUUGCAUUUGUAAAGGGAAAAAAAAAAAGAAAAACAAAAAAAACAAUGCUCCGUUGUAGUUUCUGUUCAAUCUGUUCCAUGUUGUUAAUUUUGCACCAAACUCAUUGCAUUGUAAUAUGCCUUCACUUCCACUUUUUGGUAGCAGCCCUAGUGCAUUGCGUGGGGUUUGUAAUUUAGUGUACAAAAUUAUCAAUGAAAGUGGAGAUACUCUUUCAAGA